UAAGCCAAAGGUCAUAAGCAAGAAUUCCUAACUUAUGGCUUUUGGCUUAUUAGUCAAAAGCCAUAAGCCAAUCCAAACGGGCUCUUGUGAUAAAUACACUGUCUUGAUUUGCUAAGCUGGACAAGUAAAAGCGUACAUGUAUUUUUAGUAUAGUGGACAAGUAAAAAUGAACGGUGAGAGUAAAUUGUAUUAAAAAAUCACUACCAGAUUUGUGUAUAUUUUCAGGAGACGAAGAAGAAGCAAAAAAGCAAGUUAGAUAAAGUGUUGGAGAAAGCAGUAAUGGGAGACAAAACAGUGAUAAUAACAGCUCUAAAUGCAGGGACAGAGCCAAACUCCAUAUUUGAUAUUUUCUUGAAAAGCUUUAGAGUUGGAAACCAAACAAAACCACUUUUGAAACAUGUAUUAGUUGCAGCUUUGGACCAAACUGCAUAUACGCGUUGUUUGAAGAAACAACUUCAUUGCUAUGCACUCACUACAAAAGGUGUUGAUUUCUCUGGUGAGGCUCUUUAUAUGAGUGAGGAUUAUUUCAAGAUUACAUGGAGGAAAAUUUAUUUUCAGCGUAUUGUUCUUGAGAUGGGAUAUAACUUCAUUUUCACGGAUGCUGAUAUAUUGUGGUUUCGACAACCAUUUGCACAUUUUUAUCCAGACGCCGAUCUCCAAAUUUCUUGUGACCAUUACUCGUACAGCUAUAUGGACUUGAACAAUUCUCCAAAUUUCGAUUUUAACUAUGUCAAAUCAAAUCAACGUACCAUCAAAUUUUAUAAAUUUUGGUACAAUGCAAGAAAGGCUCAUCCAGGAAAACACGAUCAGGACGUGCUUAACAUGAUUAAAUUCAACCCAUUCAUCAAAGAUAUUGGAUUGAAAAUAAGGUUUUUGGACACAGCUCUAUUUGGGGGAUUUUGUGAGCCUAGUAAAGAUCUCAAUCUUGUUUGCACAAUGCAUGCAAAUUGUUGUAUAGGAGUAUGGCCUAAAGUGCAUGACCUAACUAUGGCGCUUGAUGAUUGCGAAAAGUAUAUGGCUUUACCUGGUGAUGAAAGGAUGUUAAAGCCACAAACUUGGACUGUCCCAAGAAUACGUAGUUCAAUGAUUUUUAAUUAAAAGAACAAUCUUCUUUCUACUAU